CUAAUAGCGCACCCUAAUCAAUCUUGCUCCCCAUGGCUCCCCAUUGUGCAGCAGUCCGUGUUCUCGUCCUUGUUCUCGCUCUUGCAAGCAUCAAUCUCUCGUCCUGUCAACUGGUGAAGGGCUCCGUCUCUUGCGUCGACUGCAAUCCUCACAAAGAUCUCUCCGGUGUGAGGGUGGCAGUUAAGUGCAGAUUUGAGAGAAAAUUAGUCUUUGCCUUAACCAACAACAAAGGAAACUUUGAAGCUGAGGUCCCCAAAAACUCCUCUUCACCUUCAUCAUCUCCGUUGAACUGCUAUGCUAUGCUACUGGGAGGUCCGGUUCAGCUCUGGGCUUUCAAGAAAUCCAUGCUGUCAAAAAUCAUAAAAGCUCCUGCAGGUUUGAGUGGCUCCUACAGCUUAUCCACGCCCCUCACUUUCUUCAUCUCACACCCUACACCAAAAGUUUUUGAUCAAAGCCACAGCGACGAUAAGAAGUCACCGGAUUUUGGAGUUUUUCCUCCGAUGGCUUUGCCUCCUCCGGCAAACUUCACCGGAAAUAUACCAUUGAUCUUCUUCUUCCCUUUCCUUCCUAUCAUAGGAGUUCCUUGA